AUGCGGCAUUUGUUGCAAACAUUUGCGACAAAGACAGUUUCAGCUUCAGGCAUGGAAUUGAUUCGGCCUAAAAGUGUGCACAUCGCGAUUAAACUGAGAACUAUUUCUUUUAUGGUCCGAAGUAUUUUUAAUCUUGAAGGGCAUUUUGGCGAGCCCGAUAUGAAAGUCAAGAUGUUUACGAUGAUGUUCCUGGACAAACACGCGGUGAUCCAAGCGUGA